ACAAGUCUAGAAGCACACUUAUCCUGGAAGGGAAGUGGGGGUUUAAGUUGCUCCGUUGCAUUGCAAAUGAUUCGCACCCGUCUGGUGGGGUAUUUCGCAAUUCCUCCUGAUAGAAUUUCUGGGGGGGUCGUGGUUAGUGUAGGCGCAUUCUCAAAGAAAUAGUGGGAAUAGAUUGCAUGCAAUUUUUGUGCAAUAGUAUCAUGGGUUCCUCCACCACCAUGCACACAAGCUCGUUGUCUCAGUUGCUGCGCCAUUCGAAGAAUCCCACUGUAAGAGUGUUUGAUUGCUGUGCUUCUUCUCCUUCUACAGCAAGCUUCGCUCCUCUGAGACGAGAAUUCGCCAAAUGUGAAUCUAAUUCAUCGUUGGGUGCGAGGACAAUGUUCCUGCGUCUUCAACACAGGCAAGCAUUUCCACCUCUAGGGUCCAUGUUGUCUUGCUUUCGGCAGGGUGAAGCUGGGAGGAUAGGUGGGAAUUUGGCAUUGAGCGAGAGGUCGUUUAGGCGAGGGAGGAUUACCCCUAGAGCAGCGACCGAAGAUGUGCCGUCAUUUAAAGGAUUCGCCCCUAUGCAAGAGAAGCCCAAAUUCUGGUGGCGUAUAUUGGCGUGUGUGCCAUACCUAAUGCCUCUGAGCGAGACGUGGAUGUACGCGGAGACUGCUUAUAGUUUGCACUCCUUUAUUGAGGAUUACGAGUUUUGCACAUACCCAUUUCUGAUUCUCAUUGGUACCCUACCCAGCUGGUUCUUGCUAGCGUAUUUUUUUGGCGCUUAUCUGGGCAUUGUCCGCAACAACCGAUGGCCUCAUUUCCUACGGUUUCAUGUAGUGACGGGGAUGCUUCUCGAGAUCAUAGUGCAGGUUAUUGGUACUGUGAACGAUUGGGUGCCGCAGGCUGUGUACUGGGGUAAAUUUGGAGCUCACUACUGGCUGGCAGUCACAUUUGCUUUCCUGUUCAUUGUGCUGGAUUGCAUCAGGUGUGCUUUGAAUGGCAUGUACGCUGACGUGCCCUUCUUGUCCGAUGCAUCUUACAUGCAGAUCCCUUACGAAUAGUUUUAUGUACAAGGGUUUUAAGAAGAGAACAUGCAGGUAUCCUAUGUAGGAGGUAAUUAGGCUAAUCGUGAAUGGAUUGUUGGUUCUAUUUCUUCGUCCCAAUAUAGUCUCAUCAAUAUGAGAAGUUCACAUAGCGUUUUUCAAUUAUGUCGUUACGAAGUAUAUUAUCGCUGGUUUCUGAGAGUUGUUUUGCAGUUGUGCUGAAGCACGCAAUGGAUGGAGGGAGUAGAGUCGCCAGUAAGCCAAACAGGUUUCUAAAUGUGAUUUAUCAAGGUGUCCAGGACUUCUGCAGGAUCUUGUUAUUGAAUUGAUGCAAUUGCUGAAUCAGGGGGUUUGUCCGCAGUCUGGAUUUGAGAUAAUUUUGACAGUACUCUUAAACAAUCGUUUUUUGAGAA